UUAUUGUGUCAGUGACGAAUUUAUGCAAUGACUUAGAUCUGAGAACACAUUGUUAAGUACAAAACAAGCUUUGUUUUCUUGUUUGGGAAUGCACAAUAUGCGGCCUGCGACGGAUGUUCCCCUACGUCAGUCAUCUCCAGUUCGGUUUGCGUCUUUUAUAAAGAGCAGGUUCCGAUCGACCAUAGCUUUAUACUAAACAGAGUCAAGGGCGAAUGUGUCAUCGCCACGAUGGACGGCACCGUCAAAUUAAUUAUUUUCUGCACAAUAAUAACAAUAGUGAAGGCUCCGCCACCGGGAACGUUUUUCUGGAAACCUAGAUUGGGUCUCGAUCUGGCAAUUCCAACAACACCUAAGACACGCAAGCCGAUCACGGGCGGGGUUCUAAAGCCCACCGUGGGCGAGAUCAGAAGUGGACAUGCGGUCCUCAUCACUGGAUACCAAUUGGGGGUGACGGUAUUGGCCCUCGCCCAUGGACAAGCCGCCUGGGAGAAAUUCCCCCACCUCAAUCCCUUCAAAGCUUGGUUCUACACCACGGCCUACAGAUGGGGCUUGAGACAUCUCUCUUUGUUCCCGAAAUGGCUCGAUGGCAGCGGCUACAACUUCAUUGACACGCACCGCGUCUGGAGGAAGCGCUACUCGUACCAGGAUCGGUGGGUCCCCGAGUGGCUGCAGUGGUUCCUGCCCCACGUGUGGGAGUUCGACCGCGAGAAGAAGCAGUACAGAAGGUUCCAUAGAUACGUCUUACCAUCCUUUGCCAAACACUACCACUACCCAGGAAAAGUCUUCGACCAUUGGGCCUCAGAGGACAGUACGGAAACAGUUGAAAAUCUCGAUAUAUCCGACUUCUCCAUACAUGUAAAUGCUCCAGAUUACUGAAUUCAUAUUUGUUUGACGUUAGUGAAACUGAACUUUGUUUUAAUUCAAUUGAAAAAGACUUAAGACAGGCAGUAGUUUAGAUUUAACAUUUUAGCAAUAUGGUCCCGAAAUAAUUG